CAGAUCGAUCGAUCAAGUUGCAAACAAUGAAGACCCGGAGCCUCAGCCUCGCCGUUGCAGCUACAGCGGUUGCCGCUGCUGUCAUCUUUGCUCUCUCUGCUACGGUCCCCCUGGGAGCAGCCGCUGCCGUCGUCGAGCACACGUUCGUUGUGAGCCAGAUGAAUGUUAGACACUUGUGCAAGGAGACCCUGGUCACCGUGGUGAACGGGCAGUUCCCAGGGCCAGUGGUAGAGGUCAACGAAGGAGACUCUGUGGCCGUUCAUGUCGUCAACAAAUCACCUCACAACAUCACAAUCCAUUGGCAUGGACUGAAGCAGAGGCUCAACUGUUGGGCGGACGGGGUGCCGAUGAUCACCCAAUGCCCCAUCCCGCCAAACUACAACUUCACCUACCGGUUCGACGUCGCCGACCAAGAAGGUACCCUGUGGUGGCAUGCUCAUGUCACCUGCCUCAGGGCAACCCUGCACGGCGCCUUCAUCAUCCGGCCAAGAACCGGGGCCAGCUCGUAUCCAUUCCCCAAGCCUGACAAGGAGGUGCCCAUCAUUAUAGGGGAGUGGUGGGAGCUGGAUCUUGAUGAGUUGGACAGAAGAAUGGUAGACGGUGACUUCGAUGAUAACCCUAGUGGAGCCACAAUGAACGGCAAGUUAGGAGAUCUCUACAGCUGCUCCGGGGCCAAGAAAGAGGGCUUCGUGCUAGACGUUGAGCCCGGCAAGACCUACCUGCUGCGAGUAAUCAACGCUGUUCUCUUCUCCGAGUACUACCUCAAGAUCGCCGGGCACAAGUUCACGGUGGUUGCCGCUGACGCAAACUACGUCAGCCCCUACUCCACGGACGUCAUCACGAUCGCGCCCGGAGAGACCGUCGACGCCCUCGUGGUUGCCGACGCGCCGCCUGGCAGGUACUACAUCACCGCCCUCGCCAGCCAGUCGCCGAAGCCCGACCCCCAGGUCCCAAAGUUCGUCACGAGGGGUAUUGUGCAGUACAGCACGAGCCAAAGCUCCGGCAAUGGCACAGCACCUCCGUGCUCGAGCCAUGAAGGAGUAGGAGAUGAAGCUCCAUGUGUUGAUGAGCCAGCAGUGGCACCUGAAAUGCCCGACCAACAUGACACGAUGCCCUCCUACUACUUCCAUGGCAACUUGACCAGCCUGAACCGUACGGGGCUGCCACCGGUGCCGAGCCGUGCCGAUGAGUCCAUGUUCGUCACUCUUGGACUGGGCUCUGUCUGCCGGCGAGGCCAGUCCUGCAAGAGAAGUGGGAGCAAAGAGUCCAUCAUCGUGGCGACCAUGAACAACCUCUCCUUCCAGCUCCCCACCACGACCAUGCCACUGCUAGAAGCACACUACCACCGCACCGGCGACAUGGACGCACUACAAGAGCUUCCCGACAGGCCACCAGCGACAUUCAACUUCACCGACCGUACCUUGAUUCCAUGGGGACCCAAGGAAGGGCGGCUAGAGCCGACAUCUAGGGGUAGCUUGGCGCGGCGCUUCCGCCAUGGCACCGUGGUGGACAUUGUGUUCCAGAGCACAGCGGUGAUGCAGAGUGACUCCAACCCGAUGCACCUGCACGGGCACGACAUGUUCGUGCUCGCGCAUGGCGUCGGUAACUACGACGCGGAGAGGGAUGUGGCCAAGUACAACCUGGUUAACCCGCCGGUAAGGAAUACCGUGCUUGUUCCGAGGAUCGGCUGGGCUGCCGUCCGGUUUGUGGCGGACAAUCCAGGUGUGUGGUACAUCCAUUGUCACUAUGAGUUCCAUUUGUCGAUGGGUAUGGCGGCAAUAUUCAUUGUAGAGGAUGGGCCGACAGAGGGCACGUCUCUCCCAGCACCACCUUCUUCAGAGUUCUUGCCAUGUAACCAUGCCCAUCGUCUCGUGCCCAAUGAUGAACUCUACCUCAAAAACACGAACACUACAGGUGCACGCGUCAACGAAGCCUAAGAGAUAAACACUGCCGCGAGCUUCUUAAAUAAAGCAAACAUUAUUAUGAAAUAUGAGCACUUGUGUCAGCAGAAAAUAAUGACUAUCAAAUAAUAGAGCUUGCAGCUAGCAGUGUGCCUAACGGUACGGUGGAGGACAACGUUUGAGCUCGUCUUCAAUUCCUGACCGCACCUUUGUGUUGUGGUGCAUGUCAUUCAUGAAGCUCAACUGGAAGGAUGGCAGCUGCGGAGCCUUUAUCGAGGUCCUGAUGAACAUUAGGAAACAACCAUGCACGAGCUGAGUUAAUGCAUUUAUUAGUCACUACGUCAUGGUGAGAGUUGUGUGUCAUCUGCUUGUGCUUCUAAGUAUGUUGGAGUCCUUGACGAUCUUUUAUCAUACUUGAUCGGUAUUGCAGUUCUCA